AUGACGAAAACUUCAGGAGAUGAUAGAAUUGGUAGAGCAGCAAUCGGAAUUGUUCCCGAGGAGUUCACUGAGGAGAACUAUGAGGAAUGGAAAAGAUGCUUGGAACAUUAUUUGGUUGGUCAUGGCCUUUGGGGUGUUGUUUCUGGAGAGGAGAAAGAUCCUAUAAACGAUGAGAGACAAGAAUAUGGAGAAGAAAAGAAACAAGAACAUGAGGAAUGGAAGAAGAAGAAUGCAUUGGCCUUGCAUGCCAUCCAACUUUCUUGUGGAACAGGCACAUAUGUUAAACUUAAGGAAGCUCACACUUCUGCGGUAGUUGCAUGGAAGCAUUUGGUGGAAAAACUAAGGCCCAAGAAAAUAUUUGCAAAAGGUGAUCGUGAAGAUGAAAGCAGCCGUGUUGAAGAAGAAGGACCAAAAGAGUACCGUCGCUAUAGGCCCUUGUACAUAGCAAUUGCAACAGGCGAUUUUGAUCGCACAAAAAGUCUCCUUGAUCAAGAUCCAGGCGCUGUUAGGGCCAUAAUUUCAUCACAUAGAGGAACUGCACUUCAAUUUGCCAUUGUAAAUGGACACAUGAAAAUUGCAAAGGAACUGUUGAGGAGAAUGGAACAAGCAGACUUGGAAAUGGUUAAUGACAAUGGAUGCACAGCUCUAACUUUUGCUGCAAUCCGUGGUGUAACAAAGUUGGCAAAAAAAAUCGUGGAAAAAAAUGACGGGCUUCUUAUCAAGGAGAAUGACGGACUUGAUGGGCAGCUUCCUGUCAUAGUGGCUGCUUUGUAUGGUCAAAAGCAUAUGGUUGAUUAUCUAUACUCGGAGACACCAAGAGGGUUAUUUCGCCCAGGGGUGGGUGAGAAUGGAGCUACACUGCUUAAUUCCCUGAUUACAGCAGAAAUGUAUGGUAAGAUUGUGGAUGUAAGAGGCAAUAUACCAAUCUGCAUCAAACCCUUCUUCAAUAUAUGUGCCCCUAACCCCUUUCUGAUUGCUACAGAUGUUGCUUCAAUGCUACUUCGACAAUAUCGAAAACUUGGUGUCACCCCAGAUCAUAAUGGUGACUAUGCUCUCCAGUUACUGGCUCACAAGCCAUCUGCAUUUCCUAGUGGAACCAAACUUGUUUUCUGGAAAAGAUGGAUCCAUUCAUGUCUAAUGGGAGAUUCUCCAUUGGGGAGUCCAACAGAUUCUGCUAAAGAUGAUCAGACAACAAAAGCAAGCAUGAUUGGAGACCACAGCAUUGAGAUUACUGAUCAUGAAACGAAUUUGACAGGAAAUCGAGGCCUACAGAUUACUAGCUUUGCUAGAUGA